AUGUUUAAAAGCAUUCCUCUUAUUGCAUUAGUCAUGUCAAGUCUAUCUGUGAUUGGUGCUCCCGCUCCAGUCGUGAAUGAUGUGGUGCCAGUUGCAUACAACAUCAAUGCUACUACUCUCGACAAACGUGUGACUCAUGCUGGUCGGGCUACUUGGUUCCAUGCUGGCUUGGGUAAUUGUGGGUACUGGGACAAUGAUGAUACACCUAUUGUCGCGGUGUCAACCGCCAUGUACAAACAAGGGGGUAAUUGCAACCAGUGGGUUGAGCUAGUUAACACUGAAAACGGGAAAAAGGUAUAUGCAAAAAUGAGGGAUAGUUGUCCUCCGUGCGGCUAUAAUGAUGUUGAUCUUUCUCCAAAUGCUUUCGAAGCACUUGCCCCUCUGUCUCAAGGUGUUCUCCCAGUAUCAUGGCAUUCUACCACCAACAUGCGAGCGGUACUCAAGGCAGUACUCGCAACUUCCGUUUGCGUAUACGGCGCCCAAGCGUCGUCGCAGCACAACUUACACUCUGGUCAACAUCCGCUGACAGGCCAGCAAAAGUUCGGCACUGAUGAGUUCAAGGUGGCCAUCAUUGGAGCUGGCGCCGCUGGGUCUUCCGCUGCAUUCUGGCUAUCACGAGCAAAGUCAAGAUUGGGCGAGAAUAUAACGAUAACGAUAUAUGAAAAGAGCGAUUAUAUUGGUGGUCGCAGCACAACGGUUCGACCGUACGAUGACGAGACCAUUCCAACUGUGGAACUCGGUGGUUCGAUUUACGUUGACGCCAAUAAAAACAUUGUUCGUGCUGUAAAGGAGUUUAACCUUUCUGUGAUCAAGUAUGGCGAUGAAAACGAAGAAACUGGUAUUUGGAACGGCAAUGAAUUCGUCCUCACAUUGAGUGGCGGGGGAUGGAGAAGCUGGUGGACAACUGCCAAACUUUUCUGGAGAUAUGGCUAUUCCCCGCUCAAAGUUCGAACGCUAGUAAAAGAUAUGGUUGACACAUACCUUAAACUAUAUCAGCCGCGGCACCCAUAUCCGUCCAUCACUGCAAUUGCUUCGUCGCUCAACUUCACUCACAUCACUGCCGUACCCACUUCAAAAUACUUGACUGAGAAUGGUGUUAGCCCACUCUUUACCCACGAACUCAUAGAAGCUGCAACGCGCGUUAACUAUGGCCAAAACGUUGACGAUAUUCAUGCACUUGAGGGCAUGGUGAGCAUGGCUGCAAACGGAGCUCACAGUGUCGCUGGUGGAAAUUGGCAGGUGUUCGAAAGAUGGGCCAAGGAGAGCGGCUCCAAAAUACACCUAAAAACAACUGUCCAGCACCUACGUCAGGGCAGCAGUGGCAAAUGGCAUCUUGCUGUUGAAGGCGCUGAUGAGAAGACAUAUGAUGCUGUUGUUCUCGCUGCACCAUACAAAAGUACUGGUAUUAAGAUUGAGGCCGCGGACCUCAAUCUCGAGAAAGCGUUCCCACCUGUGGAUUAUGUGCAUCUUCACGUCACCUUGCUUGCCACAACCGCAGAACAUCCACAGGGGUCAUACUUUUUCCCCUCUGCUCCAGAAACGCCUAUUCCUCAAACGAUUCUUACCACUUCCUCGGGAUCAACCGAGCCAGAAUUCAACAGUCUAACCUAUCACGAGCGGAUUCAACGCGCGGGUCAACCUCCCGAGUACAUCGUUAAGAUCUUCUCCAAAGAACGUGUGGCCGAUGAGUGGCUUGAAAAGCUCUUCGGUGCGGGUACGGUUGGUUGGACUCGCAGGAAGGAGUGGGACGCAUAUCCUCGAUUACCACCGACAACUACGUUCCCUUCUGUUAAGCCCACUGACGGUCUUUAUUACGUCAAUGCCUUCGAGCCCUUCAUUUCGACCAUGGAGACAGAGACGAUUGCGUCUCUAAAUGCUGUUGACUUACUUUUGCAUGAUCGCUAUGGACGCGGAGUCUGCGGGUACAAGUCAGAUGAGUAUCCAAACGAAGUCAAGCCCGCUGACUUCGCCUAUGGUUGGGAUUGCUGA